AUGAUGAGCGAGGUUUCUUUAGAUUGGCCUCUGAGCAAGGAGGAGCAAAAAAAGCGGAUCAUGCGACUGUACGACAAGGAUGUCCAAGCUGCCAAUGAGCUACUCCAUUCUGGGGAGGCGGCCUUGAAGGUGGCCUUGAAGGCCUUACACCAGAGGCUGAAGGAUAGCCAAGGGGAGGGCAGCACGGCUUCUCAGGACAUGCCUUGUCCAGAGCAGAGAGACCUUGGAGUCGGAGGUCGGAUGGCCGCAGGCCGCGAGGCUGUGACGUCGAUCCAGUCUGAACCGGAAGAACCGCGGACGCCGACCUCCCCUACCUGCACCGAGCAGACCGAGCCAGAGGCGGCGGAGGAAACCCAGGAGGACGGCGAAAAUGCCGCGGAAGCCGCGGCGCGUUUGCAGCACGCCAUCGUGGACGCCGCUGCUGCGCUGGCUUCCCUGUUUGGAACUUCAUCCUUGUCUUCCGUGUUGGUGGGCAUUGCUGCCGACGCAGACAAGGACAGCCCAGAGGAGUGCAUUGAGGUCAGGCAACGCGCAAAGUCCGAAGGUGCCCGAGUCAUUGCCCCGGCCAUCCAGAAGCCCGAGGAUCGCCGUCGCAGAAAGUCGCGAGGGGGAGAACCGUUGAAAGUGUCAUUCGCAGAUGACGAGGACUUCAUCUUUGUCUUGAUCACCCUUUGGCUUAGCCACAUCGCCAAGCAAUUGCUUUUAGCAACACUGCUUGCCACACCCUGCGUGGAUGCUGUCCGAAGAGUGUUCAGAAAUCGCUUACACCUCGCAACUGACUGA